GAGAGGACGGAAAGAGAGUCAGUAAAAAUGUAGACGCUAAAAUAGCUCUGACCAUAUGGCUCUGACAGAUCCACGUGCAUACCCGUGGAGUCGUGCGAUUUAAUACGGUAUGAAUUAGCUACCAGUGGUCUAUUUGACUUUCAGCUUUUUAGUUCAGUCUUGGAAUAUCGUAGGAAACCUAGCGGGAUCCUCGCAUUUCUUCGCAGUGACAACAACAUAAGUUGUAUUGGUUUCUUGCUAUUUGGGACAUUUCUGAAUGAGGAAUGCCUGUCAGUCCAUGCUCAUGCUCAUUAUCUAUCCAGACCAUAUAGUCUUUAUGUUUCCCUUUACUUCAUGUAAUUGUUUGUAAAUAAAAAACGAAAUUCGAGAGGGAGGCGUGGUAUGAUAUUUGGAACGUAACGGCGUCCCUAAAAGGAAUACUCUCCUAAUUUGGCUGCAGCUUCCUGCGCUGUCACUUUCACCAUGGUACGCUUCUCCCGCGUGUUUAGACCGUAUUCUUUAUUCACCGCCUUACAACUUCAGCGAAACUGGCUGAACUUCAUUCAAGGAUCUUUUAGGCACUCCAGCACGAAAGCUGCUCCUCGUUUUACAAGAAUGGAGUAUCAGGAUGCGGUAUGCACACUCAACACCCUGCAGACCAACGCCAGUGUUCUGGAGCAGGUGCGCCGGGAGCGAGGACCCCCACAGCACCAGCUCCACGCCAUGAAGGGCUUUCUGCAGCGAGCAGGCCUCACGGUUGAAGAAUUGGACGAUUUAAAUAUUAUUCACGUCACUGGAACAAAGGGCAAAGGAUCAACAUGUGCUUUCACCGAGCAGAUUCUUAGAAGUUACGGGUUUCGUACUGGAUUUUACAGUUCACCUCAUUUGGUACAAGUCAGGGAGAGAAUCCGGAUAAACGGCCAACCUAUCAGCAAGGAGCUCUUCACAAAAUACUUCUGGCAGGUCUAUGGCCGACUGGACGAAACAAAGGACUGCCAUGGGGGAACGAUGCCGGCUUACUUCCGUUUUCUAACAAUCUUGGCCUUCCACAUCUUUCUUCAAGAGAAGGUGGAUUUGGCAGUUAUUGAAGUUGGGAUAGGUGGAGCGUAUGACUGCACAAACGUCAUUAGACAACCAUGGGUGUGUGGAAUAUCUUCCCUCGGAAUAGACCACACAAGUAUCCUCGGAGACACUAUAGAGAAGAUAGCCUGGCAGAAAGGAGGCAUUUUUAAGCCAGGAGUUCCAGCGUUCACAGUGAAGCAACAGGAGGGGCCCCUGACUGUUCUCCAGCAGCGAGCAGAAGAAAUAGGCUGUUCUCUGUCUGUUUGUCCUGACCUGACUGAGUAUCCUGUAGAUGAGGGCGUCCUGCAUCUUGGUUUGGCCGGACAGCACCAGCUCAUCAACGCCAGCCUGGCCCUGCAGCUCAGCCACAGCUGGCUACAACAUCGUUGCCUAUCUGAUAAGCACCUCCCGUUUGCGUCCGUGUUCGGUGGUGUGACCCAGGCCAAAGGGUUCAAGCCCAGCCCAGUCAUGCUGAAAGGUCUGGCAGACACAGAAUGGCCUGGCCGAACGCAGACCCUGAGGCAUGGGCCCAUCACCUACUUCCUGGACGGAGCACACACCACGGGUAGCAUGCUGGCCUGUGCCCGCUGGUUCAACGAGGCUGCUGCCCAGCGCGAAGCGGAUGGUCCAGUGGUGAGAGUGCUGCUGUUUAACGCCACAGGAGAGAGGGACUCUGCUGCCAUGCUCAAGCUGCUUGUGCCAUACCACUUUGACUUUGCUGUGUUCUGCCCCAAUAUCACAGAGACCAUUGCUACGUGUAAUGCAGACCAACAAAACUUCAACGUCUCCGUGGAGAACAUGCUGACCCGUUGCCUGGACAACCAGCAGAGCUGGAGGCUGCUGACCGGCCAGCGGCAGAAGCAGCCGGGGGAUGAGCUCCUGAUCUCGGCGUGCAGCCUCCCCCUGGUCGCGGAGCGCCAGAGCGACUCGCUGGUUUUCCCCUGCAUCCUCAGCGCCCUCCAGUGGAUCACACAGGGCAGAGACUCCAUACUGGCUGAUCCGGGCAAGCGGGUCAUCCCAGUCAAGCCAAGUAUCGCCGCAAAGGCCUCAUCGCUCCGCGAUGCCACCGAGAUCCACGUCCUCAUCGCCGGAAGCCUGCAUUUAGUCGGCGGAGCCCUCAAACACUUGGACCCUGUGUCUGCCUCUUAAAAAAGGAGCCACAGUAUCAGUGGGCCUAUUGUUUUUUUGUUUGUGUAAGCAGUGCACUGGGUGUGUUGAAGCACCAUCAGACUCUGUCUAUUGAUAGAGAGAUGAGUUACCCUGUCGAAACACCCGUUGGAAAGUAAGAAAUGUAUAGCACUUAGCAUUAACGGAAAUGUCUUUCCUAUUCCGGUACCCCCUUUAUUUCAAGCAAAGCCAAAUGGUUUAGUUGGUGCCUUACAGUGCCAACAUAAUAUAUCAAAACCUAACUUUUUCAUACUUGAAGCCAGCUGUUUACAGGGACUUUUUUGGGGAAAAGGUUUUGUACUCUUAAGUUAAGUUAAGUUUGUGCUUUACUGGACCUCAGUAGUUGUAUGUGAAGGUGUGACCCUCCUUGUGGAGGUCCUUUUCUCUAAAAAAAAAAAAAAAAAAAAUCUCAUCAUCGGUCUAAGGACAAACUGGUUCAUUGCAAUUUUGUGUCUGUGCCAAAAGGCAAUGAGUUGUAUGAAUGUGGAUUUUUGUAAUUGUAUUUUGUUCAGUACAGCCUUCAUGGGUGAUUUGUAUUGUGGAAACCCACUGUCCUUGAAAAACCGCUAAAAGUAUUGUUGCAGUGAUAUUCCUAGCUGUUUGUACUGAAUGACAAUUUUAAUAUAAUUGUCAAGGUGGAUCAUAUUGUAUAUGUUAUUGGUAUAUAGAGAGACUAGUCUGACUGACUAGUGAUGUCUUAUGCUCCCUUUAGUGUACUACGCAGGUAGUACGGUAUCUGCUGAGUACACUUUCUGUUGUACAAUUAGUUUACACACAUUUUGCCCUACCACCAAAUUGUGCUUGUUACCCACAUAGAAAUCAACUUAGCUUUUAAACAAACCUCAAACAGGUUGUUUUGGGAAAUAUAUUUGUUCGGAGGGCUGUCCAGAUUUUGUUCCGACAUUGUUGAGAAUGAACCUGCUCUGAGAUGUACUUGACCACACUUCCACACUGGUGUCAUGUACACGUGUUCCCUAAGUAAGCCACCAGUCAAACAUAGUAACAUUGCGCACAACAACGUUUUAAUUGUCUUGAAUUUGGGAUCUAGAGUAGGUCAACUCUACACUUGUAUUAGACGAGCCCAGUGAGUGUGAGGUAAUAUGGGAAUACUUUGAGGAUGGGAUAUGUUGUAACUCACUAUGCUACUGAGCAUUGUCUGAAAGGUCCUCACUUAACUUUUUAAAAAGAUGUAUUUAAUGGUAUAAAUAUAUGGGUGUAGCUCUCAUUAAAUAUUUAAACACUAA